AUGUCGCGAUCUACAUACCCGCCAGGCCAGGAUUCUGGUGAUCUUCUAUACCUCUUCCCCCAUGUUGACGAUACCAUGAUGUCGUCCAUUCUCAAUCACACAUUACAAGGCGUCGACAUCUACAAGCUCGAUUCCCGCCGUAUUUUGGAAUCGCAAUGGGAUAUGGUCGACCCGUCACUCGAGGACAGUAGUCUCUCACUACGACUACCACCUGUUGCGAUCGAGCUCUAUCACAGUCUCGAUGCCCUCCUUGUCCCUUUGAAUGCCUAUUUUUCCAUCCUAACGUUGCAUGGCCUAGCGUCUGGCCAGCCCACCAUGCUCCCAUACUAUUUCUUCCGCUAUAGCAGCCACCUCGUCAAAAUCACUAUGCAAUACGAGUGGCCGGCCGUCCUCUCGUACCAUCUUGCAUUUCACACGCGGAGAUGUAAAGACAUGCGUGUGGGGGACUAUGCGGGCUGGGGAAGGGUGGAUGUCGAUUUGAUGGAACAGUUCCUUGUGCCGCAUCAGAAAAGUGCUAAGGUCCCUCGAAAAACUGGUUGGAUGAAAUAG